AUGUUUGACGAAUUACGAAAUUUUACACGCAGUGGAGAUUAUGGUGGGUUUCUACCAGGAAUGAAGCAAAUAGGAAACGUCGCAGCGCUACCUGGAAUUGUUCAUCGUUCAGUCGGCUUACCUGAUGUACAUUCUGGAUAUGGUUUUGCCAUCGGUAAUAUGGCUGCAUUUGACCUGACCAAUCCAAAAUCAGUAGUCUCACCUGGUGGUGUUGGAUUCGAUAUCAAUUGCGGAGUCCGACUUAUACGCACAAAUCUGAAUUUAAAAGAUGUUCUUCCAGUGAAAGAAAAGCUAACUCAGACUUUGUUUGAUCAUAUUCCUGUUGGUGUUGGUUCCAAAGGUAUCAUACCGAUGGAUGCUCAAGCUCUGGAGGAAGCUUUAGAAAUGGGUAUGGACUGGUCUCUGAGACAAGGGUAUGUCUGGGCGGAAGAUAAGGAGCAUUGUGAAGAGUAUGGUCGUAUGCUUCAGGCUGAUCCGUCUAAAGUUUCUUCACGAGCAAAAAAACGUGGACUUCCGCAACUUGGGACUCUUGGAGCUGGUAAUCAUUACGCUGAGAUACAAGUUGUGGAAGAAAUUUUCGACAAACAUGCAGCAACUAAAAUGGGCAUCAAUCAUUUAAAUCAGAUAGUACUAAUGAUUCAUUGUGGGAGUCGAGGAAUGGGUCAUCAAGUUGCAACAGAUGCUUUGGUCUCCAUGGAAAAAGCAAUGAAACGUGAUAAAAUCGAAGUAAAUGACCGGCAGUUGGCCUGUGCACACAUUAAUUCUGAAGAAGGUCAAGAUUAUUUGAAAGCAAUGGCAGCGGCUGCCAACUAUGCCUGGGUUAAUCGAUCUUCUAUGACAUUUCUUGCAAGACAGGCUUUUGCGAAAAUUUUCCAUUCUACACCGGACGAUUUAGAUAUGCAGAUUAUAUACGAUGUAUCACAUAAUAUCGCUAAGGUGGAAGAACAUUGGGUAGAUGGCAAAAUAAAAACUUUACUAGUUCAUCGCAAGGGAUCUACUCGAGCAUUUCCACCUCAUCAUCCCUUAAUUCCUGUUGAUUAUCAGCUUACCGGACAGCCUGUACUUAUUGGUGGUACUAUGGGUACUUGUAGUUAUGUUUUAACUGGUACUGAAAAAGCAAUGACUGAAACUUUUGGUUCAACAUGUCAUGGUGCUGGUCGUGCAUUAUCUCGAGCCAAAUCAAGACGUAAUCUCGACUAUACUGAUGUUUUAGCACAGUUACAGGAAAAAGGUAUAUCAAUACGAGUUGCUUCACCUAAACUUGUAAUGGAAGAAGCUCCAGAAUCAUAUAAAAAUGUAACAGAUGUCGUAGAUACCUGUCAAGCAGCUGGAAUAAGUAACAAGGUGCUCAAACUACGUCCAAUUGGAGUAAUCAAAGGUUAA